UCAGAAAAUAGUAAACAUUCGCGCAAAAUUUUUGUGCGAGAGGCUAUCUAUUGUAUUCAAAAAAUUUAACACCUUUUUUGUUCAUUCAAUCAAAUAUUUCAACAUGAAGAACAAAACGUCCCACUUGGGUUUUAAAAUGAUUCGUAUCACAAACCUGUACGACAUCACCGUGGAGCAAGUUUAUGCCUACGUGCGAAAUUUACAUCGCCACAUUCGCAAGCAGAAUAUGAAAAUUUUAAAACUGCGUCGAAAGCUGGCAAAUUUGAAAAAAUUGAAACGGUCUCAACCGAAGGAAACGGAAUCUCUACCGGUCGAUGACGGCGAGAAUCCCGACAAAAGCAGUGACGAUGUGAUGAAAGCGCUGGAAAAAGCGGAAAUGCAACAGAAACAAGCAGCGGAAAGAGGAGAAGAGCCACUGGAUGUGAAGGCAUUCGUGGAUGAUAUCAAAAAAACUGCCCAUGAUUUUGAUUUCCAGAAUAGAUACGUUUACGAACCAACAUCUGGCUUGUAUUACGACCAGGAUACAGGAUACUAUUACAACGCGAUCUAUGGUCUGCAUUACGACGGCAACCGUGGAUGCUAUUUGAAGUACAACGAGGCAACUCAGGAGUAUGACUUCUAUUCCCAGGUUAUACCGGAAAAAACUCUUGAAGAACAGCAACCGAAGGCGCGUCAAAAGAAAAGUAAGCGUGCCGAUGUUGAACCGGAUUCUGCCGACGAAGGAGAAAAGGACAGAUACAAUCGUCACACCGAGCGUGAUCGGCGCCGUCGUCGUCCUCCUCCCGCGAGAAGAAGUAGAAGUAAAUCACGGGGUGAUAGCCACAGAAAACGCUACCCGGAACGGCACAGGAGCCGGUCGAAUUCCUGUUAUUCCAUUUCUAGUCGUUCCGAUUCCGAGGAAAGGCAAUAUCCCAGGAAGAAGCCUCAAGCAAUCGAUGGCAAGAGAAGAGAUAGAAAGCAUUCGGAUGGGUCGGAACACAAAGAAGAAGGAGAGUUGGAUAGCAGUAGCGGAAGCAGCAAUGAAAGCGAGCGAAAAUCGCCGGUUGUGAUCGUGUCCAGCGAUUCGGAGAGGGAUGAGUCGGUGGUCGUCGAUCUGAACAAAUAUACAGAUAUAUCACACAAAUAUCCGCCAUCUCUGCGGAUAAUCGUGCAAGGAACCAACUUGGAAGCCUUGAAGCAAGGAUCUUUGUUUAUCGUUACCUGUAAAGGAGGAUCGCUGGGUCGGGAGGGAAACCACGAUGUAAUUAUUCCAGACAUCAAUGUGUCAAAGUACCACCUCAAAUUUGCCUACCAUGAGCGAAGUGGACUCUACCAGGUGGUAGACCUUGGCUCUCGCAAUGGGACCAUGCUGAACGGGGUUCGAAUGUCACCGACUAUGCAGGAAAGCGAUCCGUUCAACGUUAUUCACGGAAGUGUGAUCCAACUCAACCAAACCAAGCUUUUGUGUCACAUUCACCAUGGAAAUUCAACCUGUGGUAAUUGUGAGCCCGGUUUACUGGUGAAAGGGAUUGCUACUAACGACAUAGCUGGUGAAGAUGAACGAAUCACUAAACCGGUGACACACAAGGAGGGUCUGAAACUGCUGCAGAAGCGAUAUGGAUUGGAGGAUGAGAAAUACGUCGAACCGGCCCCUGGAUCGACCCCGAUGGAUUACAAUGAUCGGGCUGCCCAUCGGCGGAAAAUUAAGGGAAGCACUAAUGGACAUGAGAAAACGAAGGUCGCUUCGUUGAACGAACAUAUUGGUAGCGAAAAUAAGGGCUUUAAGAUGCUAUCGAAGUUGGGUUGGAGCGAAGGUCAAGCUUUGGGUAAAAAUGAGGGAGGAAUUACGGAACCGAUUCCGCUUGCUACGAAUGUGGGCACCAGUGGUUUAGGUAGUCAGGGUUUGGCCCAACCGACCGCUCACAACGUUGACGAUAGGAAGAAGAUGAUCUGGAUGAUGACUCAGGAACGUUAUAAGGCUUGUGCGGAUGUUGUGACGGAGAAGAACGUGACACAAACAGCCUCACUGCAGCAACACAUCAGUACCGAAAACAAAGGAUUCCAGCUGCUGACGAAGUUGGGCUGGAACGAAGGGCAAACGUUGGGAAAAAAUGAGGAUGGGUUGAAGGAACCUGUUCGAUUGCUGUCCAAUGUAGGAACCAGUGGGUUGGGAAGUAAACCUCUGAAACAGCCUGACGCGGAAGUAAGACCAAGCAAAAAGAAAGGUAUUUGGAAAAAGAAACAGAAAACACUCAAAUCCAGUGAUAUGUUUGAAAAUUCUGAUUCCGGUUGAUGCUUGCGUUUAGAAAAAAUAGGAAAACACAUUACGAUAAUUCUGACGUUACACACUUUUUGUUGAUGACCAUCCCUAUAAUCAACUG